AUGGCUCAGCAGCCUUCGACUCCUGCUGGUACACCCCACUCGAUCUUUGGUUCUGGAGCUGGUCCAUCUUCCAGCUUGAAUCAGAUCACAGGAGGAGGUGCUCUGACACCCGGCUCUGCAGCAUCUUCAAACAAUACAUUUCUGAUGCCCAAUUCCCCCAUCAAAGGCCGUCUUAAUGGGAACGAUGGAUAUCGGCCAAAGGUGACGAGAACUUUAGGACAGCGACCCGCGUGCCUUGUUAAUGCCUCGGUCACGUAUUGUGGAAACAACCAGAUAUACGCCUUUGGUGGCUUCGAUCAAUACACCGACGAAGUUUAUAACCAUGUUCUGAGACUGGACAUGGUCAGCCAUCAAUGGAGUCUGGUAGACAAUUAUGGCGAUAUUCCUGGGGUGAGAAUGGGUCAUACUGCAACCCUUUACCAAGGCGACAAGCUGCUCAUCUUUGGAGGUGAAAAUGAGCAUCGAACCUACCUCUCUGACCUCAUAAUCUUCGACUUAAAGACUGCUCAUUGGACACAACCUUCCGUCUCGGGACCAAUACCUAAGGGACGUGCCAGACAUGCUGCAGUUCUUCAUGAUGACAAGCUUUUUGUUGUUGGUGGAAUAACUGGACAUAACAACUAUGUACUCGACGACAUUUGCUACCUCGAUCUAAAGACUUUCACCUGGUCCAGAGCAUGGAGAUUUGUUGGUAGAUUUGACCAUUCAGCAUACCUUUGGGGUGACAGGGUCUGGGUCUUUGGUGGAUUGAGUGAGGAUAUGGACAAGAUUGGAGACAUUUGGUGGUUGGAUCUCAAAGGUAGCCCAGCCUUUGACUCUGCACCAGCAUUCGGAUCCCUCGAUAGACAAACAGCACUUGGCCGAAUGUCUGGUUCCUCUCGUUCAAUGCCUCCGCCUCCACCUACUGGGGGAAGCACCGGCUACGCGGCGAAUUCCAGCAGUGCGCAAGUCAAUCCUCCCUCAUUCCAAUUAACUACCUCACCUCCCCUUGCACCUGGUACUAUCUCUUCUCUCAAAUUCGUCUCCGGUCCGCAUAUUCCUGCUCAAGGAUCUGGCAUGCACUUCCAUGUAUAUACUUCCGGCAAUUUGCUUGACUUUGUCACCCCUGCUGCUACAAUUACUCCUCAAGAUUGCUCUCUUUCCUCUCUGGAGUUAGACAGUUUACGCUGGCAGAAGCUGGCAGAAGGUCGAGAUAUUUUCAAACCCGGUUACCGCUGGCAUUACUGUACUAUCAAUGAGGAUGGAACCAAAGCUUGGUUGCUUGGAUGCCCAACAGAUCCUACGGCAACAGAUCUCGGUCCAGGUGGCUUUGAAGAGUAUCUCAGUGACAUUAUGGAAAUCGAUCUUAGUCGAUAUGGUCUUCUCGGCAAUGGGUAUUCUCCGGAGCCUCCAUCCCAAACAACCCGCCAAUCAGCGGAACGCACACUAGUACAAGUUUCCAAAGGACUCGGAGCUGAUUUGGCAAAACUUUUCAAUGAGCCUCCUGAGACUGGAAUGACUGACUUCACAAUCACUGCAUUGAAGGAUGGCGAGUGGGAUGAGGACGAACUGAUUAGCUCUAGUAUGAUGCAAACCAGUCACCAACAGCAAGAAAAGUGGCUAUCUUCCGACACCAAUACGUCUCCACCAAUACACGUUCACAAGCUUAUCUUGCUGGCUCGCUGGCCUCAUUUUGCAAGACUUUACAACGCUCAGAUGGCAGAAUUUCAUACCAAGAAGAUGCACAUCCCGGAGCCGUACACUGUCGUCAAAGCAUUCCUUUACUACCUCUAUACAGAUAGCAUUCAUCCCAAAGACUGCGCUGAACUGAACGAUGUUGCCGGCCUACUGGUCAUAUCCGACUUGUAUGAGUGUCCGCACCUGCGACUUCUUUGUGUCAACCGGCUUUCGAAGGAGCUCGAUGUAGACCAUGCUUGCAUCAUCUGGCACUGUGCCGGGGUAGCCAGAGAGGAAUGGCUUCGAAGAUGCGCCGCAAACUUUUGUCUCCUUCAUUGGGGCAGAGUAGUUCGUACGCGAGGCUUUUUGCAGCUGCCACGAUCCGCCCUUGUCGAACUCUCCCAGGAGAUCGACAUGGAGGGACGUGUCGUAGGAGGCGAAGAACUUGAGUAUGUGGGUGGACUCGGCGGCUCUCGUUUCGGAUUUGGCGGGGUUGCGAGAAAGGCCAGUGUUAGCAGCAACCAGACUCUGCCGACAGGGUCCGAGGCGGAUGAGAACGAGGAAAUGGAAAUGACUUAG